AUGAAAUUAUUUGUCGCAUUUUUUGCCGUUUUUGCGGUCGUAGCCGGUGUCGAAGUGCCUACCAACGAGUACUUGCCUCCUGCAGAAGUGGCUGGAUUUGAACAAGUUGCUGUGGAACCUCAGGCAGCUGCCGUCCUUGCUGAUGACGGUUACCGUUACAAGACUGUGCGUCGUCUGAAAUACCGCCACCGCCGUGAUGUCAGUGAACUUCCCACCAACGAAUAUUUGCCACCUGUGGCCAGCGCUCCAGUAGCUGUUGCUGAGCAACAAUUUGUUGUUGAACCACAAGAAUCCGCCGUCCUUGCUAACGAUGGUUACCGUUACAAAGCUGUGCGUCGUCUGAAAUAUCGCCAUCGUCGCGAUGUCAGCGAACUCCCCUCCAACGAAUAUCUGCCACCUGUAGCUGUUGCUGAGCAACAAGUUGUUGUUGAGCCACAAGAAACCGCCGCCCUUGCUGAUGAUGGUUACCGUUACAAGACUGUGCGCCGUCUGAAAUACCGCCACCGUCGCGAUGUCAGCGAAUUACCCUCCAACGAGUACCUGCCCCCAGCUCUCAACGUUCCCGUAGCUGUAGCUGAACAAGUUGUUGUUGAACCCCAAGAAUCCGCCGUCCUUGGUGAUGAUGGCUAUCGUUACAAGGCUGUGCGCCGCUUGAAGUACCGUCAUCGUCGUGAUGUCAGUGAACUCCCCUCCAACGAAUAUCUGCCACCUGUAGCUGUUGCUGAGCAACAAGUUGUUGUUGAGCCACAAGAAUCCGCCGCCCUUGCUGAUGAUGGUUACCGUUACAAGACUGUGCGUCGUCUAAAAUACCGCCACCGUCGCGAUGUCAGCGAAUUACCUUCCAACGAGUACCUGCCCCCAGCUCUCAACGUUCCCGUAGCUGUAGCUGAACAAGUUGUUGUUGAACCCCAAGAAUCCGCCGUCCUUGGUGAUGAUGGCUAUCGUUACAAGGCUGUGCGCCGCUUGAAGUACCGUCAUCGUCGUGAUGUCAGUGAACUCCCCUCCAACGAAUAUCUGCCACCUGUAGCUGUUGCUGAGCAACAAGUUGUUGUUGAGCCACAAGAAUCCGCUGCCCUUGCUGAUGAUGGUUACCGUUACAAGACUGUGCGCCGUCUGAAAUAUCGCCAUCGCCGCGAUGUCAACGAACUUCCAUCUAACGAAUAUUUGCCCCCUGUGGCCAGCGCUCCAGUAGCAGUUGCUGAGCAACAAGUUGUUGUUGUGCCACAAGAAUCCGCCGUCCUUGGUGAUGAUGGCUACCGUUACAAGGCUGUGCGUCGUCUGAAAUACCGUCACCGUCGCGAUGUCAGCGAACUGCCCUCCAACGAGUACCUGCCACCAGCUGUCAGCGCUCCCGUGCCGGUUGCAGAACAACAAGUUUUUGUUGAACCACAGGAAGCUGCAGUUCUUGCUGAAGAUGGAUACCGUUACAAAACUGUACGACGCCUGAAAUAUCGCCACCGUCGCGUUUAA